UAAAGUACACACAUGACAGAAUCACAAACUUAUAAAAUCUCUCGCAUCGCUGCCUCGCCUUUUCCUUUCUCCUCAGAUCCAGCAAUCCCACUGCUACCACCAUUCGAAGGGUCGCCGGCCGGCCACCCACCCGCCGGAGGGGAGGAAGACGGAGCGGGGCAGAGCACCAGGUACACGCACAACGAAUGGGGCUUCCCGGCGCCGAUCCGCCGGCGGCCGACGGCGGCGGUGGUCUACCGGGACGAUUCUUCGGCGGGAAGAGCAAGUACGUCCGGAUGGACGAGGUGCUGCCGCAGGAGCAGGAAGAGGACGGCGGCGGAGGCGGAGGCGUCCUCGUGCGACGGAGGGAGAGCAGCCGGCGGUACGUCUUCGCCUGCUCUGUCUUCGCCUCCCUCAACUCCGUCCUCCUCGGCUACGAUGUCGGUGUGAUGAGUGGCUGCAUUCUGUUCAUCCAGAAGGACCUCCACAUCACUGAAGUUCAGCAAGAAUUGCUUGUCGGGUGCCUCAGCUUCAUCUCCCUCAUCGGCAGCCUCGCCGGCGGAAGGACGUCGGACGCCGUAGGCCGGAAAUGGACGAUCGGCCUCGCCGCCAUCGUGUUCCAGGCCGGCGCGGCUGUCAUGACGUUCGCUCCGUCGUUCGAGGUGCUCAUGAUCGGCAGGCUGCUGGCCGGCGUCGGCAUCGGGUUCGGCGUGAUGAUCGCGCCGGUGUACAUCGCCGAGAUCUCCCCCGCCGCGUCCAGGGGAUCCUUCACCUCCUUCCCGGAGAUCUUCAUCAACCUCGGUAUCCUCCUCGGGUACAUCUCCAACUACGCCUUCUCUGGCCUCCCUGACCACAUCAGCUGGCGUGUCAUGCUCGCCGUCGGCAUCCUCCCGUCCGUGUCCAUCGCCUUCGCGCUGCUGGUGAUCCCGGAGUCGCCGCGGUGGCUGGUCAUGCAGAACAGGACCGACGAGGCACGAGCAGUGCUUCUCAAGGUCACCGACAGCGAGGACGAGGCGAAGGAGAGGCUUGCGGAGAUAGAGGCGGCCGCCGCCGUCACCAGCGCAGGCAAGUACGACGGCAAGACAGUGUGGCAGGAGCUGACGAGACCGUCUCCGGUGAUCCGGCGGAUGCUCAUCACCGGACUUGGCAUCCAGUGCUUCCAGCAGAUCACCGGCAUCGACGCGCUGGUCUACUACAGCCCGACAAUCUUCCGCGACGCCGGGAUCACCACCGAGAGCCAGCUGCUCGUCGCCACGGUCGCCGUCGGUUUCUUCAAGACGGCGUUCAUCGCGCUCGCCAUCUUGCUCAUCGACCGCGUGGGUAGGAAGCCGCUGCUGUACGUCAGCACGGUCGGCAUGACCGCUUGCCUCGUCGUGCUCGCGGCGACGCUCGCCAUGCUCGCGCACGGGUCGGUCUCCAAGAGCGCCGGCAUCGCCGUCGCCAUCCUGACCGUGUGUGGCGACGUCGCCUUCUUCUCCGUCGGGAUAGGGCCCAUCUGCUGGGUGAUGAGCUCGGAGAUCUUCCCGCUGCGGCUGCGGUCGCAGGCGGCGGCGCUUGGCGCGGUGAUGAACAGGGUGACCAGCGGCGCCGUGGCCAUGUCUUUCCUGUCCGUCUGCCGCGCCAUCUCGGUCGCCGGCGCCUUCUCCGUCUUCGCCGUCAUAUCCGCCCUGUCCGUCGUGUUCGUGUACCGGUUCGUGCCGGAGACGAGCGGCAAGACUCUGGAAGAGAUCGAGGUGCUCUUCGGCUGCGACGGCGAGGCGGCGGCGCGGGGAGAGGUGGAGCUCGGCGACGGGGAGCACCUGGUGCACAAGGGAUGAGGGUUUUGAGUUUUGACAGUGCUGCUCAUUGUCACAUAGGCCAAUUUUUUAGGUGGGUCCUAACACUAUUGCUUACUGGCUACUGCUGCUAUGGUAAACCAUCAUCUGGAAGAUCCAAAAUGAUUUGUUAUAGAGCACUGAUAGGAAAAAAAAAAUCUCAUUUCAUUUCCAACUUCUCUGUAACAUCAAAGAAUUAGCAUACAGUGUAAAAUGUUGAUGCCAGUUCACAGUUGGUUAUGCCACACUUUGCAAGCACAUGAAGACCACAA